AUGGCUUGGGAUCUUGCAGAACUGACCUGCAAGAUGUUGUUGAUCUGCAAGGUGUUGUUCUUAGAUGGUGGCAAACAAAAAGGAACAAAAACAAUUCUCUUAUUUCCCCGAACAAGCCGCAAGGCCCGCCAACAGCAGGGCCUAUGUGAGCUACAACUGGAGACUCUUGAGCUAUCUGCCCCAGGCCCUCUCAGCAACGCUGUGCAUGGAGGAACUGGCAUGGCCUCCCGCAGGGGAUGGCAGGGUUUGAUUGCAUAUGGAUGUCAUUCGCUUGUGCUGGUAGUUGAUGCCAAUACUGCUCAGACUUUGCAAGUUCUGGAAAGACACAAAGCUAACGUUGUCAAGGUUAAAUGGGCUAAAGAAAACUACCAUCACAAUGUUGGCUCUCCGUAUUCUUUACGUUUAGCUUCUGCUGAUGCUUCUGGAAAAAUAAUUGUUUGGGAUGUAGCAACUGGAACAGCUCGCUGUGAAAUACAAGAACAUGCAAAGCCAAUUCAAGACAUGCAGUGGUUGUGGAAUCAAGAUGCCUCUAGAGAUCUACUUCUUGCAGUUCAUCCACCUAACUAUAUUGUACUGUGGAAUGCAGAUACAGGCACCAAACUUUGGAAGAAAAGUUAUGCAGAAAAUAUUCUGUCUUUUUCAUUUGACCCCUUUGAUCCAUCACACUUAGCUUGUAAGUUUAUACAAUAUUAAGAAAGGACAAUU